UUUGAGAGUUACUCUGAACGAUGCCUUCCCUACCAGCAGAUAAUGGAGAUCCGAGAGGCAUUCCAGUAUUUCACCUGACAGCAUCAGAGCUAUAUGCUAUGCACCAGCAGGCACUAGCUGUUUCUGACAGCGUGAAGGGAGUCACUAGCAGCAACGAGCAUACCGUCAACCAUCAGACUCAUGCAGAGAAUUCUCAACUUCAUAAUCAUGAUCGUCAAUCAAAUGCUCUCGGCAUGGUGAUGUAUAUUACCACCCAGGAUGCUGAGGCUCCUCGAUCUGUUAGAUCUCUAACUGGGAGCCAUGGAUCUCAAACCUCCAAGCGGAUCAGUCACCACGAGGUGUUCUCGCGUUCUUCCGAAACUCAAGAAAAGAUGACGAUUUCAACUUCCAGUGCCGGUAUUCUAGUACGACUUACCUCACCAGUGGCUUCUUGCCAAGACAAAGACGUCCUUGGCUACGCUGCUCAAUCGGAGAUAAAAUUCAAUGAGCUAGAGGAGCUACACGACUCCUCUGACAAGUCCACAACUUCAGCGGGGCAGGGGCAGUCCAGACAGGAGUUUGAACCAUCACGAGCUCUAACCAACGUACAUCGAUAUAUCCAUCCUAGCAUGGUUAUAAAGGCACUUAGCGCAGGAAUUGACCUUCGAUCGUCAAACUAUCAAGGGGACAUUACGGACUCCUACGUUGUGAACGCUAUCCUGCCGAAUGAAUUUAACUGUGCCCUCAGAAUCUGCGGCAUCCCUGCGGAGGCCGAAACAAAGGAAAUAUUUAAUGUUUUUCAGGGCAAGGUCUUUGCAUUCUCCAAGCAACUACCAGUCCCGGGAUGUUACGACACAUGCGCUUGCAGAGUUGCCUUUACAACCAGAGAUGCUGCAGAGAGGAUGAUGGAUAGAAUCAACCUCAAAGGAGUAUUCAUUAGAGGCUAUCGACUUAGGGCAAUGUGGAACCGCGAUGCCUCCCCCCCAAGACCCUACAGCGAGCGUCAUCAGUCAAGGGUCAUACGAAUUACAGGCCCACGAAGAAAUUUCACAGCUGAUGGGAUCGAAGACUUCUUUCGUCAGACUAUCAAAUUCGAUCUCGUUGGAAGGAGGGAGUGGAUCUUCGCAGGAGAAGGAAGAACGGUAGAAUUGUCAUUCGAUUCGAUCCGAGGACAAAGCCGGGCCGCCAUGAAAUGCUUCAAGGAAUUCAUCAGAGGAACCGUCUAUAACGAUCAAUUUUCGAUAUUUUUUGCCCCGGACCCGUGCGAGAAAGCCGGUAAUAACUAGGAUACUGGGACUGGAACGGGCAGAGGUAUUAGACUUGAAAGUUAAUCCUGAUGAUCAUAGGUGUUGUACUGUUGGCUGCGUUUGGGCAGAUAGGAUGAUAAUUGCGCCAGGAGACCUUCUAUAGCAUUCCAAACGUUGGUUUCCACAUCUUGAGUUUUCUCUUCAGUAUCAGCAAGCCCCUCAUCGAGUUGGACUUUAUGGGGUUCCCGAAUAAGGAAAAUCUGGUGUGUCAAUCAGUUAGAGAAAGGGAGCGAGCGGGGAUUUAUCUCUCGAUUCCAG